AGUGAUGGCUGCCGGCGCGCGCUGCGCGUAACGUCUUCUCUGCUGCUGAAAACCCCGGCUGUUUCUCGGGUGGGUCGUAAGCCCCCUGUGCGGUAGUCUCGGGCGGUGCGUGUGAAACUCCAUUAGGCCGCCGUAGCCUCGAUCCCCUGGUCUCCGCUCGGCCCUGUUUCCUCUGGAUGAACUUGCGUCCUUUUCUCUAAUCCGCCAUGGAAUUCUGCUCCGUGCUUGUAGCCCUCCAGAGCCAAAGAAACCCCAGACAACAGACGCCCAAACCCAGCGUAUAGCAGUAACUCCCCAGCUCGGUUUCUGUGCCGUAGUUUACAGUAUUUAAUUUUAUAUAAUAUAUACUAUUUAUUAUAGCAUUUUUGAUACCUCAUAUUCCGUUUACACAUCUUGAAAGCCGCUCAGUAAUUCUCUAAUUAAAGAACCACUACUCGAGAGAAUGGCAUCUACCGUGGCACCGCAGGUUACUAGUACGCUGGCUGCUACCGCUGCUUCUGCCCCAUUGGUGGACUACUUAUGGAUGCUCAUCCUGGGCUUCAUCAUUGCAUUUGUCUUGGCGUUCUCCGUGGGAGCCAAUGAUGUAGCAAAUUCGUUUGGUACCGCUGUGGGCUCAGGUGUAGUGACCCUGAAGCAAGCCUGCAUCCUAGCUAGUGUCUUUGAAACCGUGGGAUCGGUGUUGCUGGGGGCCAAAGUGAGCGAAACCAUCCGGAAGGGCUUGAUUGACGUGGAGAUGUAUAACGGGACGCAAGGGCUGCUCAUGGCGGGCUCCGUCAGUGCUAUGUUUGGUUCUGCUGUGUGGCAACUAGUGGCUUCAUUUUUGAAGCUCCCCAUUUCUGGGACCCAUUGUAUUGUCGGCGCAACCAUUGGUUUCUCCUUCGUGGCAAAGGGGCAGAAGGGUGUCAAGUGGUCUGAACUAAUAAAAAUUGUGAUGUCUUGGUUCGUCUCCCCCCUGCUUUCUGGUAUUAUGUCUGGAAUUUUAUUCUUCCUUGUUCGUGCAUUCAUCCUCCGUAAGGCAGACCCAGUUCCCAAUGGCUUGCGUGCUUUGCCAGUUUUUUAUGCCUGCACAGUUGGAAUAAACCUCUUCUCCAUCAUGUAUACUGGAGCACCGAGUAAGGCUGAAUCUCCUAGAAGGUGGCUGGCCUGCGCCCAUUUGAGAAGGCUGCAGGCUAGUGUGUGCUGAGUUAACCUAGGUAGUUUUCCAACCAGAGACCUGCUCAGAUUCUAAAUCACUACAGACCUUUCCUCUUUAGUCUUCACAGGAUCCACCGAUAAUAUGACCUUCUCCCUCCCUUUCUCCUGUCUAUGCUAAAAAUGCUGUAAUUGAUAUUGGCCUCAACUACUGGAGAGUUGGUUAAUCUGUUCAUCAGUAAUCAGUCAUUUAGGACUGGUUUGCUGGCUGUCGUUUUUCUCUCCUAAUCCCAAUUGGAGCUACUUUGGUUUCUAAGUUCUCAAUUUGCUGCCCUGAAUCUGCCUGAAUGAGAAGAGCUGGGAUGUGUAACACAUGGUCUAAUUACACUUGGAAGAAGAAUUCAUGCAGCUAAGAGGAAAAUGCUUGGAAAGGAUAUAAAGGUUGAACUGUUGAUUGCUUUCAUAUUUAUGGGACUAAACCAAGGCAUGGAUUGAAUUAUGGCCUUACAUAUUUACCAGCUAUGAGGAUAAGGCAGGGCAGUACAGUUCUGGUAUCUAGGCUCAUUUGGCUUGAUUUUUUUUUUUUAAUUUUGUGUGCGUGAUUGGGUGAGUUUAUAUGAACUAAGUGUGUGCAGAAGUCCCUAAGACCAGAAGAGGGCAUCAAGGUCCCUAGAACUGGAGUUAGAGAUGUUUGUGUGCUACCAUGUAGUUGCUAAGAACUGAACCUGGGUUCUUUGCAAAAGCUGUAAAUUCUUAAUUGCUGAGCCACCUUUCCAUCCAGAUGGUUCUUGGCUUUUAUUCUCCUGACACCCACUAGAAGAAGAAAAUGGGAAGCCAUGUAUGUGUAUAUAUAGCAAGAGAUAACUGAAGUACUGAAGAGAUAUGUCUUUAUGUCUGCUCAUAUCUUCAGUUUUGAGACAGCUCCUUAUAGCCCCAGCUGUCCUGGAAUUCUAUGUAGACCACGCUGGCUUUGAACUCACAAAGAUCCGCCUGCCUCUGCCUCCCAAGUACUGGUAUUAAUUAAAGGUAUGCGUCACCACAACCAGCAUAUCUUCAGGUUUUUUUUGUUUUGUUUUGUUUUGAUUUGAUUUGAGACAGGGUCUCCCUGUAGCUACAGCUGGCCUGGAUUCAGUAUGGAGACCAGGCUGGCCUUGAACUCACAGAGAUCUGCCUGCCUCUGCCUGCCAAGUGCUGGGGCUAAAGGUGUGCACCACCACACCCGGCUAUAUCUUCAGUUUUUUAAAAAAGAUUUCAGUGCCUGAAUUGGUUCUAAUAGAUUGUAACUUGUUUAUUAAGUAUCCCUGAAAUGAUGCAAUAAGUCACUGGCCAAAACAAAUACAGAGCUAGCAAAAUAUUUUUAACAUUGUCAUUCUUGAAAUAUGAGUAAAGAAACAUAAUUUUACAACAAUAUUGGUCUUGGUGCAGGUGAAGAAAAGCUUGUGUGUAGAAUUUCCAUUCUGUUAUAAAUAGUUCUUCAUGCUGAAUGGAAAGUCUCCUAUGAGGCUCUAAGCACUUAGGGUUUAUGUGGUAUCAGCAAAGCUUACAGCUAAGUAGGAUUGGAAACUUUCAAUCACUUUUGAAAAUGGGAACUUGGCUGUUUUUGUUUUACUCUUUGGAUCAUUUUAUAAGGAAAAUGAAUCAUUUCAAUUACCCUUUGACUUGGAAUGUAGACAGAUUUAAAUUGUGGUAGAGAUUGAUUACAUUUCAUGUACAUUUUGUCUGGUGUGACCAACUGCAAGAUCAAAAUUGAAAUCAGAACUUAAGAUUAAUGGUCACCAUAGAACUUUGGUUUUGAAGGAAUCUCAGUUUUAUCUGAUUCUUAAAGGUUAAUAAUUAAUGUUAGUAGUUUUUUGUCUGUUUUACAGUGCUGGGGAUUAACUUAGGGCCUUGGGCAUGCAAGGCUGAGCUACACCUCCAGCUUCAAAGGUUAAUUAUUUUGACCAGGCAGUAGAACUUCCAUUUUUAAAGUUAUAUAAGCAAAGCAAUAAUAAGCAAAAUAAAACAAACACAAGUGACUAAGCUGUUGUCUGAACUCCAUACCAACCAUCGAUCGCCCAUGCUUUAAUAGAAAGUGUGCAGUGCUUUCCUUCUGUCAUCAGUGUAGGCUAGUAGCUGGGAGCUUGGUGGCAUGCCAGUGGCAAGCAGAUAAGAAUCCUUGAGCCAAGUGAAAAGUAUUGGGCAAAUCUCUUUAUAAGGCGUGUUAGUGAACUAAUAGUAAACUAAUCCUUUGUGAAAGACUACUUAAGCAGUCCUUAAAACCAGUAUCUUAAUAUCCCCGCUUUAUCUGUUUUGAUGAUGCUUUUGAAAAGUCACUUUACUGAAGGCCUGCUAGUAUACAGAAUGUAGUAACUUUCUGUAGAGAAUUAUUUCAGCAUGACGAUGUGACUGAGAUGCCUUCCUUUUUUAACAUUAAAAUAGAUCAUAUCAGCAUAUGUGACAGUUAAAAUGAGGAGCUCAGUAGGGAGAGGAAUGCUUUGGGUUUUUUUUUUUUUUAAUAGUCAUGGGCCCUUUGUAUAGUGAUUCUUCACCUCUAAGGCCAAGAGAAGAAACAAGCUCAGUACACUUGGGCCCUGCAGGUGCUUAAGUGAGCCCAGUUGGUGUGGGCUUACGAUGGUUGUUGGGGUUUUUUUCCUGGUCUGUAGCUACUAGCCCUGUGAAACUCUGGAACAGAAGAUGGCAUCAACUGUCGAGGGUAAUGGGCUGGCUUGGGGAAGCCCUCUACUCCCCAGGAGGGUUUGCACAUUGUUGCAAGGGGGCUAUUGCCCUGGGGUUUUCAAGAUGCACCAUUUUAU